GGGGAGGCGGGCGCCUGGUUGUACCGAGGGCCGCGGGUGAAGGGUGAAGGCGGCGGCGGCGGUGGUUCUUCUUCUUUAACGCGUCUCCCAGUUCAGGGCUUCACAACCCAGCCACAGUGCAAAAUGUCUGGACUGUUGAGAUCUGAUAUAAAUUUAAAAGAACCACGAUGGGACCAGGGGACCUUCAUGGGAAGAGCCAAGCACUUCUUCAUGGUGACUGACCCUCGCAACAUUUUAGCAUCUAGUGAAGAACUGGGGGCAGCCAAGACUGUUAUUGAAGACUACAAGCUUGGCAAAAUCCCACCAGGACUGACUGAGGAUGAGCUCUGGCAGGCAAAGUAUCUCUACGAUUCCGCUUUUCAUCCGGAUACAGGGGACAAAAUGAUUCUCAUCGGACGGAUGUCUGCACAAGUUCCAAUGAACAUGUCUAUAACUGGCUGCAUGCUGACCUUUUACAGGACAACUCCAGCGGUGGUCUUUUGGCAAUGGGCCAACCAGUCCUUCAAUGCAAUCGUUAACUACACCAACAGAAGUGGAGAUACGACGCUGACAGUGGGCCAGCUGGGCACAGCAUACGUCAGUGCAACUACAGGCGCGGUGGUCACUGCUCUUGGGCUGAAGUCUCUCACAAAGCAUUUGCCUGCCUUGAUUUCUCGUUUUGUGCCCUUUGCUGCAGUCGCUGCUGCCAACUGCAUCAAUAUCCCUUUCAUGAGACAGAGAGAACUUAAAUAUGGAAUACCGGUCACAGAUGCCAAUGGGAAUCGACUAGGGGAGUCGGCUAAGGCAGCACAACAAGCCAUUGUCCAGGUUGUGGUAUCUCGGAUUGGUAUGGCCAUACCUGCCAUGGCAAUACCCCCAGUUAUCAUGAAUGCUUUGGAAAAGAGAGCACUUUUAAAGCGUUUUCCAGUGUUCAAUGCCCCAAUUCAGGUUGGGUUGGUCGGCCUUUGCUUGGUCUUUGCCACUCCUCUAUGCUGUGCACUGUUUCCACAGAAAAGCACCAUGAAGGUUUCCAGACUUGAACCAGAACUUCAGGCUCAGAUUCAGGCAAAGAAUUCAGCUAUUAAUGUUGUAUACUUCAACAAGGGCUUGUAGAUUGUUGUCACAUCAGCAGCCUGCCCAAGACCGUCAACCAUUCACCUCAGCAGCAACAGUAACUGUCCCUUCAAUUGUGUGAAUUGAUCACCCUCCAAUCUGCCCCUCAUAGUUUCUUGAAAGUCACCCUGGGAGGGUGAAGUAUCCUUGCUGAAGGCAAGGAUGCUGGUUGCUAAAAGGGGUAAAGAAGACCCACUUGUAUCAUUGGACAUUGUAACAUUUAUAAUUGAGCAGAACUUGACAGAUGUUUAAACAUCAUGCACAGUGGAAAUUAAAGAUUAGAAGGUUUUCCAGGAGCCAGUCACUGACUGGAAACUUGGAAUUGGCAAGUUUUUUUGUAUUACUGGGAUUGGGUAUAAAUAAUUGACACCAAACUGCAGAAGUGAUCAUGAUGAACACACAACUGCUAACUUCUCCAUCCACUCAGGGAUCUGUAACUCAUCCAGUCCAAUGUAUGCCUGAACUUAAACUUAAAACUUCCCACAUUCAUUUCUUCCAAAAAAAACCUACAGCAAAUCCCACAAAUGUUAACUUUGAACAAGCACUCUCUUGCUAUAUUUUUUUAGUUCUAAUCAUCCACAAUGAUUUGUGGUCAAUUUUUGUCCCACCAUCUGUCAGUCACCCCCCCCCCCCCCCCCUCCCCCACUUACCUGUAUCCAACUAUCACUCACCAGGCUUUGCCCCAACCCAUCUCUUCCUACUUCCAACCUACCCCAAUCAGUCUGAAGAAUUGUCCCGAGCGAAAACGUCUCCUAUCCAGUUUUUGUCUUUUUUUUGGUCUCAUACAAUCCAACCGCCUUUUGAUUGCGAUGGUGCUUCCAGACCAAGAAUGCGCUUGCAUUUUAUUAGCUCCAAGACGGACACAGCCUAGGAUGAUCCCCCACUGGAACUAAGGUUGGGAAUGGGUUGAGGUUGUAGUCAAAGAGUCACGUAGGGCAACAUAAUAACAGGCACUUCAGCCCACCAUGUCCCUGCUAACCCUUUUGUCCAUCUACACCAAUCCCAUUUGUGAUUGGUAUUUUCCCCCUUGUUAUCUGAAAUUCAACCAUCUAUUAUCUUCAUGGUCUUUGCAGUGUCCUCCACAGUGAAGACUGAUAAAAAAAAUUGAAAUAACAAAUCGUC